AUGAUUAGGCUUAACUUCUACUGCAAUGUGCGAAUCGUGAUCAUGAUUUUUCCGAAGCUCGAUCAAGCGAUCGGCCUUGUUCGACGUAUCGAGGUGAAAAAUCUCCCAAAUGUAUGCUACAAUGACUGCAGCGAUGCCUUCCGGGAGAUGCAGCUUUCGGGCAAAGAACCUGAAAUCUGCGACUCGGAUUCGGCCUUCAUGACCAAUGCCGGCAACUGCCAGAUGUGCAUUGGGAAAAACUCGAACGAAACUUAUGAGGACACCAUAUUGCCCUUUUUUGGGGAAACACUUGAUUACUGCAAGGGAAUCACCUCAAAUGAGAAUAAAACGGCCAAUAUUGAGUCACUGCUUAGCCAAGAAUCAUCCCUACAAAGCCAGCUUGCUAGUCUCGGGUAUUCCGUCUCCAGCACGGGGACCACCAAUUCCUCGCCGGCGACAACGACCGACUCGGGAAAUCAAGUAACGGUGUACCGGACGGCCGAGGCGCAGCCAGCCGCAGCCAGCUCGGGAAACGAUUCAAACAUUAGCACUAUUGUCCCAGCCGUGGUGGUGCCCGUUGCUGUGAUCGGAAUGGUGGUGGUACUAGGCUUCUUUUUCGUCCGCCGCCGCCGAAAUCGACAGAAGAGGUCGGCACAUACCCAUUCUUCCCCGCCACCUAUAGAGAAAGCACAAUUGCAUGCAGAUGAAUUCAGGCCGGAGUUGGAGGGGACAAACACCCAGGGUAUGCGGACGCUCGGUUUGCCCCCACUCGAACUGCCUGUGCAAAAUGACGUUAGGCGUGAAGAUGUGGCAAGAGAGCUGGAAGGCAAGUAG